AUGGAUUUAAGAUUGGUACUUUUUUGUUCGUUGUGGUACGUUGCCAAUAAAGGGGUAUUUUCAUCCCCUGUGACGGGAUCACAGUUUAAGGAAGAUGACUUAAUAGUUGAAUUGGACAAUUUAGGCAAAAUCCGUGGACACAUUCUUCAAAGUUCCGAAGGAAACGAUUUCUAUGCUUUUCAAGAUGUUCCCUAUGCAGAACCUCCUAUAGGAAGCAACAGAUUUAGGCCUCCCAAACCUCAUGGUCCAUGGGACGGAGUCUUGAAUGUUACAACCAACUUAAAAAUGUGUCCGCAAGUAUUCAUCUUAGAUAAAUAUUCGAGUUCCGACACCAAUACCGCUGAAGAUUGCUUGGUUCUGAAUGUUUACACACCAGUGAAACCUAGUUCCAAUAAAUCUUUACCAGUAUUCUUUUGGAUUCAUGGUGGAGCCUUUGUUGCUGGCACGGGUUCAAUAUUAUUUUACAACCCAAAAUUGCUAAUUGAUUAUGAUAUAGUAGUGGUAACAAUCAACUACCGAUUAGGAGCAUUUGGAUUUUUAACAACACUUGAUGAAAAUAUUCCCGGUAAUUUGGGACUUAAGGACCAACUGUUGGCUCUUAAGUGGGUACAUGAACACAUUCAUAAAUUUGGAGGGGAUCCUAAACAAGUCACAGUAGGCGGAGAAAGUGCUGGAAGUAUGUCUGCUGGUUUUCAUUUCUUGAGUAGAGCAGCGAAAGGCUUAUUUAGUGGAAUUAUCCAACAAAGUGGAUCGCCACUAUCUGGAUCCAUGUACCCAUCAAAUGACAGAAACGUGGCGUUUGAAUUCGGCAAAGCGUUAAAUAGUUCAUUUACAUCAAGCAGAUCAAGUGAUUUAUUAGAGCUGCUGCAACAAACCUCCUAUUCAGAUAUAAUGGAUCUUCAGAAUAAGUUUAAAUCUGGAGAAAGCUUUGGAUUUAUGGAUGGCAUUACUUUUAAACCAGUUUUGGAGAAUGACUUCGACGAUGAUGCUUUUGUUACUGAACCUAUGCAUGGUGCUGUACUUGAUGGUCGUUUCAAUUUAGUACCACUCCUGAUCGGUUUCAAUUCUGAAGAAUCUCUGUUGUUCUUAGCAACAACUAGCAAAGAAACAGUUAAAGAAAGGGCUGAAUUUCUUGACAAAAAUCUAACAAAUCUUGUAUCAGAUUACCUUAACGUAGCGGAAGAGGACAAAGAGACAGUUGGUGGAGGUUUUAAAAGAAGAUAUAACUAUUCUUCCUUUACAGAAGACAGAAAUGCAUUAAUAAAGUACACUACUGACGAAGUUUUUGCACGAUCAACCUUCCGGCAAGCUGAAUGUGCAUCCCGAUAUGUACCUGUUUACCUAUAUGAGCUUUCGUGGUUACCAGAUGGCAGCACUGAUAUAGGUAAGUUUAAACCAUUAAAUUUAUGGUAUUUAUGGGAUGGAUUUCCUUACUACACAACUAAUGAAAAUCUGCGAAAACCGAUACUAAAGUGGUGGACUAAUUUCAUCAAAUAUCAGAACCCCACUCCAGUUUCAGAUGAAGAACUUCAAAAUUUAAUUUGGCCAGAAGUACAACCCAACGCUGUGAAGUAUUUAGACAUAAAUUCUCAGUUCACAAUAAAAGAAAAUCCCAGAAAUUAUUACAGUUUUAAAUAUAUGUUAGAUCUUUAUAUACAUGCUCCUUAUAUAUCAUAUUAA